AUGAUGCUUUUGCCGGUCUUUGAACGCUUUGCUGAGCUUGGAUGGCAGCCAUUCGUCGAUCCUGCUGAGACUUUUGAGUUCUUUUCCGUCUCUGGCGUCUUUCAUCGUGCUAAUGUGGAUAUUUCAUUGCAUACAGGACAAUCUAAUGCUCAUAUUCUCGUGCAACGAAGCGCUCUUUUUGACGUGUGUUUUCAGAGUGGUCUUGCGCAUCUGGUAGUGGCUUAUAUUCGUGCUGAGGAGCCACACUUGCAGCCUGAAGAGGCUUUUACUGGUGUGAAAAAUUACGUAUUAAAGGAACCAAUUGCAGUCCAGCAAUGGGCACGUCAGCGUCUCGAUUUUAUUGAGCACAAGGUGGACGAGAUGGUAAAUGAGCAACAGUGUAGUGGCCGUGAGACGCCAAAGACGGAAAUUGUGGACGAGGAACUGCGACAUUUGAAUGGAUUGCGCAUGAUUUUGAUUGCACUUACAGAGAGACUAAAAGAAGGUUCUUGUCAGGCUGCGUGCUGCUUUAAUAACGCGGAUGCAGAGGACAAUAUGGUGGAUAAGACGGAGCUCGUUCGAUUGACGACUGCAGGUAUUCAGAACUUGUUGCAAUUACUUUCUCGCACUCAGAGUGCAGCCUGUGCUUGCAACUGCAUGUUAUGGCUCAAUGAGAACGAAGUGACGGCUAAUAACGAGAUGUAUGACGCAUUUUACAGCAAAGCGAGAUCGUUGCGCGUUACAUACCGUGAACAGUUUGAGGAAAUUUAUGGCAGCAAACUAUCCUCGGUUAGUGAACUGAAAAAAUGA